AUGGCUGGGAUCUGGGCUCUGGUGGUGUGUGCAUCAGUCGUGUGGUCGGCUGCGCCCGCUUUGUCCCUCAACUCAUCCAGGCCGUUCUUUCUGAUCUCAGGUCCAGAGGUGGUGCAUGCUGGGACACCCACUUUGCUGGCAGUCACUGUCCUUGCUGACUUCUCUGGCAGGGUGACGGCUGAGGUUGCCGGUGGCAACACCAAAGUGGCCCAGACAGAGGACUUCGCAGGAGGUUUAACCAGCGUCCUCACAAUCCCUCCUAUUCCUGGAACUGCCGCUGCAAAUUCCCCCUUGAACCUAACGGUGAGUUUCUACAGAGAGAACGACCUCGUUUUCACCAACACCACCACCCUCAGCUUCAGCCCCAGGAACGUCUCCACCUUCAUUCAAACGGACAGAUCGCGCUACCAACCGGGCGACAGCGUCAAAGUCAGAGUUGUGUCUGUGCGGUCGGAUAACCGUCCGUACAGAGGCAGGGUGGAUCUCUCUCUACAGGACCCCGGCGGGAACGUCGUCGACAGGUGGGAUUCCACUGGGAACGUGGGGAUUGUGCUGUGGGAAUUCAGCCUAUCCCACGCAGUCCCAAAUCCCGUCGGACAGUGGGUGAUAACGACCACCAUACAGGGCGUCAGUGACGCGAGAGCAUUCGCUGUGGAGCAUUACGAGCAUCCGCUCUUCGAAGUGCUGCUGAGGACCCCGUCCCGGGUCCUCGUUGGAGACGACAUAUCGGGAUCAGUGAGAGCCCUUUACCCGAGUGGGAAACCUGUGCAGGGAAACCUAACCGUGUCGCUCACUCUGGAGGCCGGGAUGCCCAAAACCUCAUUCAUGCCCACACAAACCACACCGAUCUAUGGGUCCACACGGUUUUUCUUCAGCAAGGAUCUGCUUCAAGGAGCCGGCAGCGUACGCGUUUCCGUCUGCGUUACCGACAAUUCCACAGGACUCCGAGUGAACAGAACGGUGCAGGUCCAACGCGCGAGCACCGCGUUCCGGCUCGCGUUCCACCACUCGCCGCAGACGCUGAAGCCGUCUCUGCUCUUCGUCGCGAAACUCAGGGUCUCCAGGUGCGACGGGAAGCCGCUCAGCGCGCAGGACGUGAAGCGCUCCGCGGCGAUUGAAGUCACCCAGAGAACGUCCACGGCGGCCGGCGAGCCGACGACUCUGACGCUUCCGGUGCCCGAGGACGGGAACGUCGACGUUCGGUUCGAGUUACGGGAUCAAAUAGAGAUGCUUUUCAUUCGGGCAAGAUUCCAGUCCAGUGAGGAGACUCUGACUGUCUACAACACCCAGUCCUCUCCCAGUGACUCCUAUAUUCAGAUUUCCCCAAUCAAUAACUCACAAGCACAGAUUGGAAUACCUCUUCAGAUGGAUGUGAUGAGCACCUUUCAACCAACUGAGAUGCACUUCGUGGUGAGCUCGAGAGGGCAAGUGUUGAGCGCCGGGACGACGACGACGUCCUCCUCUUUUUCUCUGACUCCGACGGUGUCCUGGUCCCCUGAGGCCUGCGUCACCGUCUACUGCAUCCUCUCUGACGGAGAGGUCGCCAUGGACACGGCGCACAUACCCAUCAACCAACGACACUACGGCUCUCUGAGCUGGAGCUCUGCCAGAGCUCAGCCGGGAGAACGGGCAUCGCUCACCGCGACAGCUCUGGAGGCGCCGUCCGUGCUGGGAGUCGUGGUGACGGGGGCGCAGGACGACGCUCCGCCCGCUGACCUUGACCUCAAAGUGGAGCAGGAAUGUAAUAUUAGGAUGCUGACCAAUGCCAGAAUAUAUCAGAAAAACAGGCCUGAUGGACCUACAAAUGACCUAGCUGACUUGAUGGUGGAGAAGUACUGGAGCCACUGGAUGGAUGCCGCUGAGCCCUUGCUAUGGUUCGACACUAGUGUGACUAAUCAAACGUGGACGAGUGGGAAAGUCACGGUGCCGGAUGGCGUUACGUCUUUGAGCGCUUUUGCACUGGUGAUGUCAGACAACCAGGGUCUGGGCUUCUCUGCUGUGCCACAGAAGCUGACCGUCUCCAAAGAUUUCUCCUUGUCUCUGGAUGUCCCACCGUAUCUCAUCAGAGGAGAGGAGAUUGUGCUGGAGGUGAACAUCAUCAACCAUCUAGAGCACGACAUAGAGGUCAUUGUGCUGCUGGCACAGAGUGAGGCCUUCGAGUAUGUUUUCAAACGGGAUGCCUUUGGGAGUCGUUCUCUCACCGUAGGGAGUCAUUCUGCUGCUCCAGCGCUGUUCCCUAUAAGGCCCGUGGUUCUGGGCCAGAUGGACGUAUGCGUGGAGGCCGUGUCCGCCCAGGCCUCAGACACACUUGUUUGGAGGCUGCUUGUGAAGCCGGAGGGAGUUGAACAGUCCUUCUCAGACACUCUGUUUCUGGAGAUGGCACCAACGAAAUACAACAGUUCCAGAUCCGUCUCCUUCUCCUUUCCACCAGAUGUGGUAGCGGGCAGCCAGAGGGCCCAUGUGGCAUUGGUCGGUGAUAUCUUGGGCAUGUCCAUCAGACACCUGGACUCGCUGAUUCAGAAGCCCGUUGGCUGUGGGGAGCAGGUCAUGCUCCACUUUGCUCCGUGUAUUUAUGUUCUCCAGUACCUGGACAAAUCAACUGCGGACAAUCAAGAGAUCCGGAGCACAGCUCUGGGCUACAUGAUGGAAGGAUAUCAAAGACAACUGUCCUUCCAACGAGAUGAUGGUUCGUUCAGCGCUUUCGGAGCCAGCGACACCUCCGGUAGCACAUGGUUGACGGCCUUCGUGCUGAGGUGCUUCCUCCAGGCUCAGCCCUACAUGCAGGUUGACCCGAGUGUCCUGUCCAGAGCCGUGACUUGGCUCUUGAAACGGCAGGGGCCCCGGGGUGAGUUUGUGGAGGUGGGCAGGUUGAUCUCCACAGAGAUGCAACGAGGACUGGAUAAUAGCUCGGUGGGACUCACUGCCUACGUGCUGAUGGCGCUGCUGGAGGACAACAGCCUCGCGGACAUGUACCCAGGUAACGUGUCCCUGGCUCAGCGGUACCUGGAGAACAAAGUGUCCAGUGGAGCGAUCGUCAGUAACUACAGCUUGUGCCUGGUGGCCUACGCUUUAGCUAUGGCCAAAAGCAAUGUGGCCGACACUGCCCUGGGUGAGCUCAACAGGAGAGCUGACCACAGAGACGGAGUCAUGACGUGGGGAUCCUCGGCCGGCCUGGGGUCACCCGACUGGCAGCCGCGCUCGGCCCAGAUCGAGAUGACCUCCUACGUGCUGCUGGCGCUCUACAGGCGCGGCAGCUUUGUGGACGGCAUUGAAAUGUUGAAAUGGUUGAGCGUGCAGAGGAACCAUUUGGGAGGCUACGGCACGACACAGGACACGGUGGUCGCCCUCCAAGCCCUGGCCGUUUACGCCGCCUUCAGCGGCGCCAUCGCCAUCGACCUCAGGCUCAACAUAUCUGCCCCAGCGUCUUUGUUCGAGUCACUCUUUAGCAUUAACUCCACCACCUAUCUGACGUUAAUGAGCAGAGAGAUCAGUUUUGACAAAGAUCUAAAUCUAAAUAUAUACAUGGAGGGAAGAGGAUUUGCAAUAUUUCAGAUGAACAUCUUUUACAACUUGGAGAGCAAAGCUUUUUCACGGGACCCGAAGCCCCGCCAGGACGAGGAGGCAUUCUCAUUAACUGUUGAGGUUACUGGGGAAGUAGACCUCAAUCACAUGCUGUUGUCUAUAUGCACGGCGUUAAAGGGGAAUCAGGUGAUACCUCAUACGGGGAUGGUUAUAGUGGACGUGGGCAUGCUCAGUGGUUUCAGUCUCUCUCCUGAAGCUGCUGCCUCCACGGAUCUUAUCAGAAAUGUGGAGAUACUUGCUGAUAAAGUCAGCCUGUACCUAGAUUCACUCAACAAGUCCGAGGUUUGUAUCAGACUGCCGGUGACCAGAGACUACAAAGUGGCCCACGUGCAGGAUGCCGUGGUGCAGGUUUACGACUACUACGAGCCCGCGAGAAAGGCGACGAGAACGUACAACUCGGACGCGCUGCGCAGCACGACCCCCUGCUUCUUCUGUGGUGAUAACUGCGAGCGCUGUGGGCCGGGCUUCACCAUCGCUUUGUCAUCACUGUUUUCUCCCUCUGAAACCAGCGCAACCCACAGCGUUGUUUCCAUAUUUCUUGGAGUUGCUGCUUUUUUUGCGGUGCAGUGAAUUAUAGUGAAGAUAUAAUGAUAUAAUAAAAUUAGCACACAUGGAAUUGUUAUAUUUUAGAAAUCUAUUUUCUUUGCUUAGAGCACAUGCCUUCUACUGCUUGUGAACUGUUUUGUACACAAUAUGAAAUGUAGGAAAAUGCUUUGAAACUAUUCUGUCAAAUUUCAUUCAUUUAAUUGUAAUUUUUAGUUCCGAAUAACAAUAAAAAAAACACGGUAGAAA